AUGUGGUACAGAAAUUGUGUGGGGUCAGCUACCCCUCUUAUCAAUGACGAGACGCUCCUCCUACUAGAAGAGGUUUUAAAGACCCUUCAAAAAGAUAGUAUUAAAACAAUAAUUAGCAAUUUUCAUUUGCUUAUCGACGGAAGUGGAAUCCCAGAAGGCCAUCGAAAUCGUGAAGACCUUUCUGAAGGAUGUCAGCCCUUCUGUGAUGAUGACCAUGAUGAUGAUGACCGUGGUGAUGGCCAUGGUGGUGACCGUGAUGGUGACCGUGGUGAUGGCCGUGAUGAUGUCCAUGAUGGUGGCCAUGAUGAUGUCCGUGGUGAUGUCCAUGGUGGUGUCCAUGGUGAUGGCCAUGGUGAUGCCCAUGGUGGUGACCGUGGUGGUGUCCGUGAUGAUGUCCAUGAUGGUGAUGGUGCCCAUGGUGAUGAUGGUGGCCAUGAUGAUGUCCAUGGUGGUGAUGGUGUCCGUGGUGAUGUCCGUGAUGGUGUCCAUGAUGAUGAUGGUGUCCGUGAUGAUGGUGGUGACCAUGAUGAUGUCCAUGGUGAUGUCCAUGAUGAUGGGCAUGAUGGUGUCCAUGGUGAUGACCAUGAUGAUGUCCGUGGUGAUGGUGGUGUCCAUGAUGGUGACCAUGAUGAUGAGCAUGGUGGUGCCCAUGGUGAUGUCCAUGAUGGUGGCCAUGAUGAUGAUGGUGUCCAUGAUGAUGUCCGUGAUGAUGAUGAUGGCCAUGAUGAUGUCCAUGGUGGUGGGCAUGAUGAUGUCCGUGAUGAUGCCCAUGGUGAUGAUGGUGUCCAUGAUGGUGGUGGUGACCAUGGUGAUGUCCAUGAUGAUGAUGAUGGCCGUGAUGAUGACCGUGAUGAUGACCAUGUUUGUGAUCAUGGUGGUGUCCAUGAUGGUGAGCAUGGUGAUGUCCGUGGUGAUGACCAUGUUUGUGAUCAUGCCCGUGGUGAUGGUGAUGACCAUGUUUGUGAUGGUGAUCAUGACCAUGCUUGUGGUGAUGUCCGUGCUUGUGAUGGUGUCCGUGGUCGUGUUUGUGAUGAUGGUGGUGGUGAUGAUGAUGAUGAUGCUCGCUCUUGUCUUUUACAACAAUAA